CCCAUAAUGACCAAUCAAAGCCAUGUAAUCCCCCUCCUGCUGACACCAUCACCUUGCAGAUUACCUGAGCUGAGUGAGCUUUAGCGGUCUUGGAGGGCAGGGAGAGGCACCAUUACACAGGGAAGGAAAGCAGAGGGCUCCAAACGGGAGUAGGAUCCUGCCAUCACUGCUUACACAUCCCUUCGCUGGUCCCACCAGUUCCUGCUUCCGUCUGGCACGGAGAAAGCUACCCCGGAUUCACUGGAAAAGAACACGUACAGGAGCUGCUGUGGCUGCAGGCUGGAUCCAGAGAGCAAGAUGAUGGAGAAGAUUCAGAAGGCGCUCAUGAUUCGAAGUGUCACCAUCAGGGAGAUGCUGGCAGAAGCACUGGGGAUGUACAUCCUCAUGGUCUUUGGCUUGUCUGCUGUGGCACAAGUGGUAUUAGGAAGACAAAACUUUGGGCAGUAUUUCAGCAUCAAUUUGGCAUUUGGCAUUGGUGUUACCUUGGGCAUCCAUGCAGCGGGAGGAAUCUCUGGAGCUCAUCUGAAUGCUGCUAUCACCAUCACACACUGCAUUCUAGGAAACCUGCCUUGGAUAAAGCUCCCAGUUUAUGUGAUCGGCCAGUUUCUGGGCUCCUUUACAGCAGCAGCCACUGUCUUUGGCAUCUACUAUGAUGCUCUGUACGACUACUCCAAGGGGAACUUCACAGUGACAGGACCAACUGCCACAGCGUCCAUUUUCUCCACUUACCCUGCUCCCUAUAUGUCCUUGCCUGGGAGCUUCUUCACAGAGUUUCUAGCAACAGCAAUGCUGCACCUGGGCAUUCUGAUCAUUCAUGAUGAGAAAAACAACAGGGCCCUGAGAGGCACGGAGGCCCUGCUCACGGGUAUCCUUGUCCUGGGCAUUGGCAUGGGGAUGGGGAUGAACACAGGUUAUGCCAUAAACCCCUCCCGAGACCUGCCCCCUAGGAUCUUCACGGCAAUUGCUGGUUGGGGAACCGAUGUCUUCACGGCUGGACACCACUGGUGGUGGGUCCCAGUCACAGCACCAAUUCUGGGAAGCCUGAUUGGUGUUUUCAUCCACAAAAUCUUCAUUGAUUUUCACAACCCACCUGUCACGGAAUGUGGGAAUGAGAAAGGACAGAGAGCGGUGGAAGUUUCUACACUGUGAUGGCCACAUGCUCCAAGGAAAGGCCUUGACAUCAAAGCCUAUGUGGAUGUAUGGACAGUCAAAGGGUAAACAAGUGGGUAAGGGCAUGUGCAGUAAUGGUGCCGGAGCACACCAGUUCUUCACCCUGCUGGUGGAGAAAUGUGGGACUGGUCUUCAAUAAACUCUGCCUGAGCAGACAAA